ACGAAACGUCUCCUUAGCUCCUAACAUUUUAAUUGCGUGAUGGAUAACUUGAGCGUGGAGGUGGAGGUGAACAUGUCCGUGGAGGAGGGGGCAGCGAUAGUCCCACGGAUGGUGAAAGAGGAAGAGAAUCCAGAUACGUUCAAGCUGUGGGCUGAAAUGGAGGGCUCAAAAACCACUGAGAUUCUACAUGGAGGGAACAUCGAGGAGUUAGAGACCACAACUGCUUUGCACAAUAUAAAGAAGGAACCGGAGGACGGGAUACAGCAGCAUUGGGAGGCCCAGUGGCAGGAGUUCCUGGGGACCUUGCAGGCACCUCAGUCAGGAUGGGCAAACCCUCAGGUGUCUGAGGAAGCCGAACCGUGGGAAGACGCUAAGGUUUUUCUGACCUCCUUCGAGCAAGUUGCCUCCGUCUGCCGAUGGCCUCGCGACCAGUGGGUGGCCCUCCUCCUGCCAGCCCUCAGCGGAGAGGCCGAGCAAGCUUUCAGCAGCCUCAGUGCCCGCGAGAGGGGAGACUACGGGAAGGUCAAGGCGGCCAUUUUGCAAAGAGAGGCGAUUGCGAGGGAGAGGAAGCGUCAGCAGUUCAGGCAAGUCUGCUACCAGGAAGUGGAGGGGCCGAGAGCGGUUUAUGGGAGACUCCGGCAACUGUGCCGUCAGUGGCUGAAAGCGGAAAGACACACGAAAGAUGAGAUCCUGGAGCUGCUGAUCCUGGAACAGUUCCUGAUGGUCCUCCCACAGGAAAUGCAGAGCUGGGUCAGGGAACGUGGUCCGGAGACCUGCAUCCAGGCAGUAAUGCUGGCAGAGGAUUUCCUGUUGAGGCAGAAAGGGAUCGGGAGACCAAAAGAACAGGUGCCUGAAUCUUUGCAGAAGGCAACUGUGAAUUCUGCUGAGGCAAACAAUGUCCCACCGCCAGAUCUCUGGAACCUUGACAUUAAACCCAAACAGGAAUGGGAUGGAGAUGAGAAAUUACUAGGUGACGGGCACGUACGGGUGAUCCAGGUUGAUGCUCUCCCUCAGAGUGAUUCUGAGCCAGUGGCACCAAGCGACUCGUUGUUGAAGAGAGGCAAUCCAUUCCAAUAUUGUGGGGAGGGAACGAGUCGGGAGGGACCAGAGAGCAAGGAGAGGCCAGAACCAGGCAAGAGUGUGGACGAAGCCAUUGCAAAGGGUAUGUUGGAGCAAGACGAAUUCAAGAUCUGCCAAAUCAUGCACCUCUGUGACUGUGGCAAAAGCUUCAGAAGGAUCUCAGACCUUAGAAUUCAUGAGAGAACACACACCGAUGAGAAGCCAUUCAAGUGUUCAGAGUGUGGGAAAAGCUUCCGUCAGAAGGGCAAUCUUUCGACACAUGAACGAAUUCACACUGGGGAGAAACCCCAUCAAUGCUCCAUAUGCCAGAAGAGUUUUGCUAGCGGCUCCAACCUUAUCGCACACGUGAAAACCCACACUGAUGAGAAGCCGUACGAAUGUGCGGAAUGUGGGAAGCGGUUCCGUCAGAAGAGAAACCUGACCACACACGAAAAGAUUCACACUGGUGAGAGACCAUACCAGUGCUCGAUGUGUCAAAAAAGUUUUGCAAGUGUUUCCAGCCUUAUUUCACAUGAGAGAAUUCACGCCGGAGAGAAACCUUUCAAGUGUGCAAAGUGUGGGAAAAGCUUCCGGCAGAAGGGAAACCUGAGAACACAUGAACGAAUUCACACUGGAGAAAAACCACACCAGUGCUCUGUGUGUGAGAAAAGUUUUGCUAGUGGCUCCAACCUCAUUGCACAUGAGAGAAUUCAUGCUGGAGAUAAACCCUACCAGUGCUCUGUGUGUCAGAAAAGAUUUGGUUCGGGCUCCAACCUUAUUGCUCAUCAGAGAAUUCACACUGCAGGGAAAACUUACAAAUGUUAAGAAACGUAGGGAAAGCUUCUACUGGAAAGGAACCCCUUACAGUGCAUGAAAAGAAAUUCACAUUGGAAGAGAAACCUUUAUAGGUGUUUGAAAUGUGGAGAGAAUUUCAGUAGUGCAAAGGAACUCGAUGAAAUGAACCAUACUGGAGAGAAACCAUACCCAUGCUCAAUGUAUC